AUGGCUACCGUGAACCCACAGAGACGCGACUCCGCAGAGGCUAUCGACACGGAUAUCAUUACGCUGGCGCGUUUCAUCCUGGAGUCGCAGCGCAGCUCGGCCAAAAACGCGACGGGCGAGUUCAACCUGCUGCUCAACUCACUGUCGUUUGCGUUCAAGUUCAUCUCGCAGACGAUCAGACGCGCGGAGCUGGUGAACCUGAUUGGGCUCUCCGGCGCGUCUAACGCGACUGGGGACCAGCAGAAAAAGUUGGAUGUGCUGGGCGAUGAGAUCUUCAUCAAUGCGAUGAAGGCCAGCGGGAACGUCAAGGUGCUGGUGUCGGAGGAGCAGGAGGACCUGAUCGUGUUCCCGGAGACCGGUGGGACGUAUGCGGUGUGCUGCGACCCGAUUGACGGGUCGUCGAACCUGGACGCCGGUGUGUCGGUGGGCACGAUCGUUUCGAUUUUCAAGCUGACUCCGGACUCGAGCGGGACAAUCAAGGAUGUGCUGCGGUCGGGCCGGGAGAUCGUGGCAGCGUGUUACGCGAUGUACGGCGCGUCCACGCACGUCAUGCUAACGACGGGGCAGGGCGUCAACGGGUUCACGCUGGAUACCAGCAUUGGCGAGUUCAUCCUGACGUACCGGGACCUGAAGAUGCCAGCGCUGCGGAACAUCUACUCGAUCAACGAGGGGAACAUGCGCUUCUGGACCGACGGGAUUCGCAGGUUCGUGGAGGCGCUCAAGGACUCCGACAAGCCGUACUCCGCGCGGUACAUUGGGUCCAUGGUGGCGGACGUACACCGCACGCUGCUGUACGGGGGGCUGUUUUCGUAUCCAUCGGACAAGAAGAACCCCAACGGGAAACUGCGCCUGCUGUACGAGGCGUUCCCCAUGGCAUUCCUGGUCGAGCAGGCCGGCGGCAAGGCCGUGAACGACCGCGGCGAGCGCAUUCUGGACCUUACUCCCGAGCACAUCCACGACAAGUCCUCGAUCUGGCUCGGGUCCGCUGGCGAGGUCGACAAGUAUCUGGCCCACAUCGGCCGGGCGUAG